AUGGAGCAGGAGAAAGCCAAAGAAUAUUCCUCUUAUCAACAAGUUUAUCAGCGAAAGGUUAAGGAGCAGCAAGAUAGUUAUCAGCAAUUAAAACUUUUGCGAGAAUAUUCCGGCUGUAAGCAAUGUGGUAGUAAAGAAGUAGAUGCUUAUGACUUGUAUAGUAAAGGCCAAGCGAUUUGCCAACCCUGCUUAAUGAGAAAAGAGGGCAGUUCUAGUAGUCCGAUUAGUUUUUUAGAGCAGGAGAAGUGGUAUAAAAG